AUGUCAACACCAACAAGUCCCACAGAUACGCGGCAUCCAUUAUCAAGAUCUAUCUCGCAACAAAAUGAUGGGCUGGCCGAAAGUUUUCAGUCUACGGACACAAUACGACGGAGACCAGAUAGUGCAGGAGGAUAUGGGACUAUUCAAUCAACUCCUCAGGCUCCACAACUUGUCGACGGCCAUAGAAAUAGCGAAUCGUCCAUGACCGGCGAGCGACCCCAGCCUGUCAGUUUAGAGUCUUCACGAUCAUUUCAGCCGGCCAGAUCUCCCAUGCUAGGACCUUCCGACCGCGGUCGAGCAGGUCAGCGACCAAAGAAGCCUCCUAUGCCGCGUAGAGCUUCAUCAAACGUACAAGCGCCUCAUAGAGGGCAAGAAUUCUCGGUAGAUGAUGAUGUGACGGAGAUGGAAGAAGAAAUGAACAAGCAACAGGCGGGACUUGGAAUUGGGGGUAUUGCAUCUGGGUUUGGACCUUCUAGACUUGGUCCUGGAACCGUGAGGAGACGACCUGCUCCAACUCAACCAACUUUACCAAGACUAGAUUCUUCCCACGAAGAAGAAGCUGAAGCGGAGGCUGAAGCUGAAGCGGCGGCUUCCACCAGUGGUGAGAGGACAAAAGACGAUCAAAUGACUAUAUCGGGCGAAGACACUUUGCAGGAAGAAGAUGGUAUCGCAGAGGUGGAGGAGGAGGACGAAGAUUCCCUGAGUGAUGCGGAAAGUUUCACACUCAAGGAUCGUCAACAGGCAAUAAACCAAACCCAUCCUUUCGGUAUAAGAAUCUGGAAGCCUGCACUGUAUAAAAAGAACCGUUCAGUUCAGAAGACAGCAGAAGGCGAUAUUCAUUCAUCUCCUGGUGGUCGCGUCAACAAGUGGCUGAUAUUCUUUAACAUUAUCUGGACACUAGUUUUUGGUUGGUGGCUGGCACUUGCAGCAUUGACUGGAGCAUUGGUAUGUUUCAUCUUCGGAGCAGCGCCGAGUGCUAUUGCAUAUGGUCGCGUACUCUUAGAUCUGGCUGGCUAUCUUUUCUAUCCUUUUGGAAAAUUCGUUCGACUCGAGCAAGACGAAGCUUAUGCUCACGAAGAUGAAGGAGAGGGCCGUACCAUCACGGAAUACGAACAAUGGCAAAGUGGAGAUAUUGAGGAUGGGAGACUUUUUUUUGGGCCUCAUCAUCCACGAUCAAUCGUAGGCCGAUCAAGGAGAAGCAUUGACUCGUUUGGUGGUAGCGAGACGGAUAGUUUACUCGGUCGUUUAAGACGCGGUACUCAUCGAGAAGAUUCAGCACGCCCCAACAAAAGAAGACUUUUUGGAAGGGGUCAGUGGAAUACUGGACGAGUUAUCUUCUUUCUAUUCUUUUACGGACUGAUCACGCCACUACUUUUUAUCGCCUCUGGUAUUUGCUGGUUCCUUGUCUUUUGGAUCCCCAUGGGUAAGGUUACAAUGCUACUGUUUGACCAUCUACGUCGACAUCCUUUAGCUUUGUCUUUCCAAUCAGAUUCAGCAUAUUCUCGUGGAUCUAUUCCAAAUUCUUCGAUCCUCGUCUGCACAUAUCGCGCCGUGGGCAGCAAGUACUGGAAAUAUACAGUAGACGGGACCAACAUUUUCUUGAUAAAUCUCAUGGCUGUCGUUUUGUUUGUCAUCUUUGACUAUUGGGUUCUUCUGGAGAUGCUUCAUAUGAAAAUCACAAUCACUCACCCGGCAUUCUUGUUUACUAUGGCCCUACUCUCCAUUAUCCCUCUUGCAUACUUCAUAGGACAAGCUGUAGCUUCUAUUUCUGCUCAAUCCUCUAUGGGACUCGGCGCUGCGAUCAAUGCUUUCUUCUCUACGUUGGUAGAGGUAUUUUUGUAUUGCAUCGCUUUGAAUCAAGGUAAAGGGCAGCUUGUUGAAGGAAGUAUCAUCGGUAGUAUUUUCGCUGGUAUCUUGUUCUUGCCUGGUUUAUCCAUGUGUUUUGGUGCCAUCAAGAGGAAAACUCAACGUUUCAAUGUUAAGUCUGCUGGUGUGACUUCGACGAUGCUACUGUUUGCUGUCAUUGCCGCAUUUGGUCCUACUCUGUUCUAUCAAAUAUACGGAACCCACGAACUCAAUUGUCUCUCAUGCACUGACACGUAUGAGUCAACAAGUCGUGAUUGCCGUCGUUGUUAUUUUUCACAAUCGCCGGCAUUGAACGACAGAUUUUACCUGGAAGCUGUCCGCCCAUACUGCUGGUUUGCCGCCGUGCUUUUAUUCCUUUCGUAUGUCAUUGGACUAUGGUUUACUCUUCGAACUCAUGCGGCUGUCAUAUGGAAUAAUGAAUCAGAAGAUAAGCAAAAGCCGGAAGUCAAUACUACUAAUAUCCAACAACCUUCAGUUGGCGCCCCACAAACCCGCGCGCAAAGACACGCUCAGGCUGCUUCCGAUUCUGGUGGAAAUGAAAUUCGGGACUCUCAACUAUAUAAACGCAUCCUUGGCCAGUCCUUAAAGCAAGCCGGCAUCAACCCUAAGGAUUGCACUCCCGAAGACGUUAAUCAGAAUGGUUCAGUACAGACACCUCAUUUAGUUCCACCCAAGAGCGCUGCAGGAGACAGUACAAAAUCUGAUUUUCAAAUACCGGGAUUUACUGAGGCUCAAAAUACGACAUUUGUUCGCGAAGUAGCUGAAAUGGCUGCAACCGCUGCUACAAUUGCUGCUCGAGAUGCAGCCCGACCACCUCAUCGAAAGGCAUCUACUACUCACGCGCACAAGCUGCCUCCUUUGAGAACAACCGCUGUGCAUACGGAGCCUGAAGAGGCUGUUAACGCAGAGGCCCAUGCUACAAGUGGUGGUCAUGAUGCGCCAAAUUGGAGCCGAAUGAAGAGUUCGGUGAUUUUGUGUGGUGCUACUGUUCUUUAUGCUCUUAUUGCAGAGAUCCUAGUCAAUACAGUCGAUGUCGUUCUUUCAAAUGUAGCAAUUGACGAGAAGUUCCUCGGUAUCACAUUAUUCGCACUUGUUCCGAAUACAACCGAGUUUCUUAACGCCAUUUCAUUUGCGAUGAAUGGCAACAUCGCUUUGUCUAUGGAGAUCGGAUCUGCUUAUGCACUCCAAGUGUGUCUACUACAGAUUCCGGCUCUGGUUUUGUUUAGUGCCAUCAAUGGCCAAUGGUUAGAAGGAUCCGAACUCGUCGAUAAAUCUUUCAGCCUCAUUUUUCCACAGUGGGAUAUGGUGACGGUCAUCCUUUGUGUAUUCUUGCUAAGUUACAUGUAUGGUGAGGGAAAGAGCAACUAUUUCAAAGGUUCUAUUCUUCUUCUUAGUUAUCUAGUUGUCAUUGUCGGCUUCUGGUUCUCGGGAAUGACGGAUCUUGAAGCUAUGGGUGCAAGCCGUUUUGAUAUUAUGGAAUCAGGAGGCAGUUUCAAAACUAUCGGGAGAGGCAAGUCAGGACAUGCUUUUCAACAAUAA